AUGGUAUCCCAGGGCCAGGCUCACCCGGGCCCCCAGUACAUGGGCCUCUGGGACUUCGAGGCCCGGACGGAUGAGGAGCUGAGCUUCUGGGCGGGGGAUCUGUUCCACAUGGCCAGGAAGGAGGAGGAGUGGUGGUGGGCCACAUUGCUGGAUGCGGCGGGCAGGGCCCUGGUCAAGGGCUACGUGCCCCACAACUACCUGGCCGAGAAGGAGAUGGUAGAAGGACCACCCCCGCCCCUCUGGUGGUUCUUUGGGCGCAUCUCGCGCUCGGAAGCCCUGCAUCGGUUGCAGGCCGAGGGCAUCAAGCCAGGGGCCUUCCUGGUCAGGGUCAGUGAGAAGCCGGGCGCUGACUAUGUUCUCUCAGUGCAGGACAGGCAGGCCGUGAGGCGUUACAGGAUCUGGUGGUGCGAUGGCCGGCGGCACCUCAGCGAGGCUGCGUCCUUCCCUGGCCUGGCCGAGCUCCUGGAGCACCACAAAGCCCAGAGCCUGUCCCACGGCCUGCGGCUGACCGUGCCCUGCUGGAAGCACAAGCACAAGCCCCUGCCCCACUGUGAAGACUGGGAGACACCGCGGGAGGAGUUCACGCUCUGUAGGAAGCUGGGGUUUGGGUACUUUGGGGAGGUCUCCGAAGGCCUCUGGAAAGACUGCAUCCGAGUGGCUAUUAAGGUGAUUGCUCGAGAUGACCUCCUGCACCAGCACACGUUCCAGUCGGAGAUCCAGGCCAUGAAGAAGCUGCAACACAAGCAUGUCCUGGGGCUGCACGCCAUGGCAUCCAUGGGGCACCCCGCGUACAUUGUCACGGAGCUCAUGCCCAAGGGGAGCCUGCUGGAGCUGCUGUGGGACUCCGAGACAUCCCUGCCCAUCUCGGAGCUGGUAGACUUCGCGUCACAGGUGGCUGAGGGCAUGUGCUACCUGCAGUCACAGAAUUACAUCCACCGGGACCUGGCUGCCAGGAACAUCCUCGUGGGGGCCAACAACAUCUGCAAAGUGGGGGACUUUGGGCUAGCCAGGCUCAUCAAGGAGGAUGUCUACCUUUCCCACGACCACAACAUCCCCUACAAGUGGACCGCCCCCGAUGCCCUCUCCCGAGGGCUUUACUCCAUCAAAUCUGAUGUCUGGUCCUUCGGGAUUCUUCUCCAUGAGAUUUUCAGCAGGGGUCAGGUGCCCUAUCCAGGCAUGUCCAACCACGAGGCCUUCCUGAGGGUGAACUCAGGCUACCGCAUGCCCUGCCCCCCGGAGUGCCCGCCCGCCGCACACAGGCUGAUGCUCUCGUGCUGGCACAGGGACCCCAAGCACAGGCCCUGCUUCAAAGCCCUGCAGGAGAAGCUCUCAGCAGGUACGAGAACCCGCUCUGAGUGUGACACCCUCUCGCUGCGGCCACGGAGGCCACCAGGCCAGGUCCUGUGA